GCUCACAUCCGCUUUUUACUCUCUUUCUUUGGGAUUUCCCUCAGUGUCUCCACAGUCUUCUAUUUCCGAGCUCCGUUGUUUCGUCGAACAGACGACGUUUUUCUCUCUCUGUCAUUUAAUAGAGUCUAUCUGCCGUGCGGUUUGGCGAGGAUGGCGGCGAUCAAGGCGCUUCAGCAGUGGUGUAAGGUUCAGUGCGAGGGAUACAGAGAUGUGACCAUCAGCAACAUGAGCACAUCUUUCAGAGACGGACUGGCCUUCUGCGCUCUCAUCCACAAGUUCAGACCGGACCUCAUAAACUUUGAGUCUCUCUCCAAAGACGAUGUGUAUUACAACAACCACUUGGCGUUCCGUGUGGCUGAAGAUCAUUUGGGAAUCCCAGCUCUUCUGGAUGCAGAGGACAUGGUGGCUUUGCCUGUCCCAGACAGACUCAGCAUCCUCACAUAUGUCUCACAAUACUAUAAUUACUUCCGCGCCCGCUUGCCAAUCGGGGGAGUAGGAGGUAUCAAACGGCAUGCUGAGGACUCAAAGGAGAUGCCAUCAGAGAAGAAGAAUCUGCCUGUGGUUGCCAAAAACCACAAUCUUAAAGCAAACACAGAGAACCGUCCUCCUCAAACUGAAAUGCCAAAAAAUAUCAGAGACAACCGUCCAACAUCUCUUAACAUCCAGAAAAGUGCUCCAGAGAAGCACAUUGUAGCUAUUUCAGCUCGGCAGACUGGCACAGACUGGCAGAAAUCUCCAGGGCCAAAAUGUGUGCAGGCGCCCGUCACUCCACUCAGAGUGAGAUCUCCACAGCCACACAGAGAUGCUGAGAAGAAAGCUGUUUUGGUGGAGAAUUCAAAUAAAACCGGCACAUUGAACAGUGAAUGUGCGGUAUGUGGAAAUCAUGUACAUCUGGAGAUAAAAAUUAGAUGCACUUCUGCUGAAGUCUCUAGCUGGAAGCAGGAGUUACACGGACGAGAUGCAACAGGAAGAAGCUCAUAUCAGGCCACUUCAACCAGCUCUGCUGUCAGCAGUAGCGGCAUGAACACCAAAGUAUCCCUCUACCUCAGUGCCAUCAGCAAGGAGCGCAACAGACCUCCAUCGCUGCUGCUUUCUACUGCCAAAGGUGGUCACAAGCCUUCAUCUCCAAAACAACCUUGCCGCGGGUCGGCGACGUCAAGUUACGACAAUGGAAAUAUUUCAUCUAAAAAUGGCUUGCUGUGUGAAACAGGGUUGCCUACUAUAAAGCCUUACUACAUCGCACCAGAUCAGAUCUCAAAAGAGUUGCAGGACAUUGAGAACAAGCUGUACGAUCUGGAGAAUGAAGGGGUGGAGUUGGAGAGGAGACUUCGCAUUUAUGAAGAAGGAACGCAAGAUCUGGAGGAGCACCAGCCUGGAGUAAAAGGAGAUCUCAGGGGAUUGAUCAGUAAACCAGAACAUGCCAAGACUCUGGAUGAGAAGAAGAGGGAAGCUGAACUGUUGAACAGACUGAUGAAGAUAGUGAAUGACAGGAACACCGUUGUUGAAGGGCUGGAGAAGGACCGGAUAAGGGAGGAGGAAGAAGAUCAACAGUUGAAUGAGAUGAUGCAAAGACUGGGUCUUCAGAAGUUUAAAAACAAACGCAAGCCAUCCUUCUCAAAGUUAUUUAGACGGAGAAGUAAAAAAGCCUCUAUGGGAUAGUGAAUUUGAGAGCUGCUGGAGUGAAGUAAUCCAGACGUUCUGCUGUAGCCUGUUGAUGUCCAGAUCUUUCCAGGUGACCUUAGAUGGUUUAAAACGAGGUGGGAUUAAUAUAACACAUCUGUCAGGCGAUUAAGUGAAUUCGAGUUCUUGGAGCAAAAUAAUGUUCCGUUUAAACACUUUUAUUUUAUUUUCACUUAUUUGGUUAAGCCAAUACUAGUUCUGUUCAUUUGCUUUGAGUUAACAUAUUGGUCCUGUAUGCUUCUUUUGCCUUUACUUUAAAUGUGUGGGCUAGUUUGAAUUAUUAUUGUUCAAAAAACAUUUAUUUUAUUAUUUUCCUGUCGUCUUCCACCCCCUCACUUGUUCAGACAUAAACCGUAACUUAUAUUGGCAGAUAAACAAACAGAUGCCCAAGGCUGGCUGAAGCAUGCUACUUGACUGUGAUCCAAGAAGCUGUGGAGCAUCUUAAUUUAACCCUAACCGCCUAAAAAGAAAAUGAUGAUAAUUGAACUGCUAAAUCUAGAGAUCUUGAAAGAUGCAGUGCAUGCAGUGACCUGAAGGGGGCACUAUGAGCUCACACAGGCCGAGUUUACCAGUUUCUUAUUUUCUAUGCCUGAGAAUGCCAAAUCAAGCUGGAGAUUAAUUAGACUGCAGCUGAUCUUGUGUGCUGGAAAGGCAUGGAUUAUUGGUUUUAUUCUCGUUUUGAAUCCUAGUUCAAUUAAAAGUGUGCCUCAUUUAACUUCUCUAAGAUAUAUAGUCUGUCCAAAGAUGUCUUUUACAUGGGGUUUAAAUGUUUGAAAAACCUACAGAAUGAAUGUUUUAAGAAGUUUUAAAAAGUUCUCUUGAGAGAUGCUUACAAAUGGAUGUGCUUAUUUAUUGUAUAUUAGACUUUUAAAAUGAGUCUCCAAUAAAUCUUAAUGAAGUGUCUUAUUGUACCCUAAACUAAUUCCGAGCUUUAUUUUA